GCCGCCUGCCUGUAUUGUGUCUGUGGAAGAAGUCAUAGGGGGCAGACCACAGUCAAACAUUUCUACUCCUGUUUGUUUGUUAUUUUGUUUGUCCGGACUUUUUUGGAAACCUGCUGACAUGGAGGUGAGCGCAGAGGCCAAGAGGAUCAUGGUCGUGGCUUUGGGGAAACUGUACAGCUCGCGCACUCAGAGAGGAGGUCUGCGUCUCCACCGGAGCCUGCUCCUCACCAUGGUGAUGAAAUCCGCUCGGGACAUUUACCACGCGGCCCAGGCGACUGAAGAGAGCCCCGUGUGCGAGAGUGACCCUCAAAUACCCAAGGAGGAAGAGACCACACAGCCGCAGACUGAACCACAGGCUCCUGUCCACGGGGAGCAGACCGCUGGGUCCCCCGCGGAGCCGCGUCCUGACGCACACACUGAACACAAGGAGAAUGUGUGUCCAACAGUUUCCACGCACCACUCGAGGAAACGCCGAGGAAAAGCAGCCGUGGAGCCGGACUUUCUACCCUGUAAGAAGGCCAGACUGGAGCAGGGACUCUGUCCACAGCCACUCAUUGUGAGUUCUGUUCUCAUGGACUAUGUGAACUGCGGCAGUGAGCUGGGGGCCCCCACGGCACCCGUACUUCUCCACAGAGUCAUCGCAGCGUGUUGAGACCCUGAAAGAUUUGGAGAGUUAAGACUAGGGAUCCUGGACGCCCCUGUCUCAGGAUGUUUGGAUGAACAGUCGAGAUCCGGGUCCAUUAGAGACCAGGACAUGGCUGCGAACACGCCGGAGCAUGUUAUCAGACGCACCUCGGUGACUUUUGGCCUAGUUGUUGGCCUCCCUCAUUACCGGGACUGACUGCAGCUGGCCAAAGGCGGAACUGAAAGAGUUGGUUGAUCCGGAUGGGGCCUAAGCUGCCUCAUGAACUUUGGACCAGCAGAGUAUGUGCUCCAGGCAGCACAACCAACAUUUCAGAGUGUUGAGACUUUGAGCAAACUUUUCUGAUUGAAAUCGAGUGUAAACCAUACAAUGACUACAACUACCUCAGUAUUUAUUAAACUUUUUCUGUAAUAA